AUGGCGAACUGCGUGCAGCUCCUUCUGGCAGGAAUGACGUUGCUUAACUACGUCGCAGACUUCUCAUCAGUCGUCACAGCCCAAGAAAUGCCAGUUGAUCACUUGCCGCAAUGGGAUUUCUGGCCGCCGCUUAUUGGAGGUGCUCCCUUCACAAACAGAUACUUAUCGUCCAAACCAGGUGGUAUCCACUUAAUACGCCAAACCUUUGAGCCCAUCAAUCUCUUCGAGCUGCAUGACGAUAAAUCGACCAAAAAUGUGCUGCUUUACGGUAGUAUUCUUCUUGACCCGAUCUUUCCUUCUGAUGUGACGACGGAUUCGUCCGUUCAGGCAGCCUUCGAGGCAGCCGUCAAGUCCAUCAAGACACACGCGAACGUCCAUAUCUCAUCGGAGAUUCAAGUGACGCAGGCCAAUGUGCUUCCGCUGAAAGUGACAGGAGACAAUGGCGAGUCGGAGAUGUUCAUUUUGCAGGAAUACAGAGGUGUCAACGGCCAGACGUUCCAGUUUACAAGCCAAGUGACGUUUGGCUUUAACUUUUACCUGACGCUGGAGGACAAUAAGUUUAAUUUAAAGCACCGCGUAGUGGUAGCGCUUGAUCGUGAAGCGGUGCACAAUGUAUUCCAACACACGUUUGUACCAUUGGAGAAGUUACCCUAUGCAGACUCAGAUGAAGUACUUGGGUGCGAAACAUCGGUUAAUAGAGAAGCCGAAUGCUCGGAUGCUACGUCCGGGCCGCGUAUUUUGUCGUAUAAUGUGUGGAACACAAACCCUUCGUCCGACGUGUAUGGUGCUGGACGUCGGUGGAAUCAGUACAUAAAACGGCUAGACCAUUUAGUACAAUUUGUCAAUGAUGCACAAGCCGAUAUCAUCGGUUUUCAGGAAGUACGUUAUGACGGCGUUUUUGGAGAGCCCGGUAACCACGGACAGGUGAAGCAUCUCGCGGAUCGGCUGCCUGGGUAUCAAUACGUGUAUCAGGCAGCGAUGAGCUACUUAAACUCGAGAAAACCAUACGAACGCAUUGAAGAAGGGCCAGCUAUCUUUUCAAAGCAUCCGAUCAUUUCAACAGACUACUUGCUGCUCAGUCGUGAUCCAAAUGACCCAAAUGACUCACAUCAGCGGUUGUGCCUCCAUGCGGUGAUUGAUUAUCCGCAGUGGGGCGAAAUCGAUGUGUAUGUGACUCACUUGUCACUAAGCGAACGAUCCAGGGAGCAGUCGAAGGUCGAGAUCUGGGAGUACAUGCAGCAAGGCCGGGGUAAAACGCAAGUGCUUCUCGGUGAUCUGAAUUCAGAGCCGCAGUCUCGUGGUGUCCGCUUUCUCAGUGGUACAGCCGAGCUGUUUGGUCAGACUACGGAUAUGAAAGACGCGUGGUUGAUGGUACAUGAGGAAGCUGAGCCUCGGUCAACGGACGUGGACGACCGUCAGUACAAGUUUACGUUUCCCAGUGACAACCCGUCGAAGCGAAUCGACUUUGUGUUGUAUCGUGGUAAAGGUCAAGUUAAGAAGUGCGAGAUCAUUGGUCAGGAACCUACCAAAGACACGAAGGACUUUCCAGAGGACGUAGGGAUGUUGCACCUAUCCAGCCCAGUGUAUGCGUCUGAUCACCGCGGCGUUGUAGUUGAAUUCAAGUGA